CAGGCGAAGUGACAGACAGCCGGGCAGAAGGGCCGGUCGGCGGGGCUUGGUCAUCGGUCAGUACUGUACGUCCGCGCCGCCGCCCAGGCUUUGCUUCACCCAAAGGAUGAAAUCUGUGAAGUGCACCGACUCAAACGAGAAAACACUUCGACAGCUUCUGCGUGGUUGUGAGAGGGCUCAGAAGGCUGACAUCCUUGCUUACAGUUUCGGCCAUUUGAACCACAGGAAUCUGUACAAAAUACCUGGGCAGCAUGAAGGCUCAGCAUCAUGGCAGAGUGCUAAAACGUCCACCCUGAAGAAAGAGAAAAAUGCAUUGACCCAGCGGUCAAGUGAGAAGAAAGGAAAGAAAAUGAGUGAUGGAAUGGCAGAUCUUGGCCGGAGAUCUGUGCUGCCAAUAUUGCCUGCAGCUAACUGCUCUGACAAUUCUGAUCGGAAUGCAGCUAGAGUUUCUCAGUGUGCACCAGAUAAUACUUCAUUCAGAUGCUCGGCAACCUCAGGUACCAAGGAACAAAUGCCACAAGAUCACUUCGUCAAUGAGGAAUUCGACUUAACUACUCUCAUGCUCGUGAAACCUCAGCAACAGAAAUGUGCACCACCCCACGGCAAUCGUGACCAGUACCAGUUUGUUGAAUGCUACUUGGCUGGAGUGACAAAGGCGGACCAGUUCCGAAAGCUACUUGAAUUUGAGAAAAGAGUCCUGAUGAAGCAAGACCUUCUGGACAGGGAUAUUAUGUCUGGUUACAAAGCUGUAGUGAAGCAUGAGUGGAAGUUAGCUCAUGAGCUGAUGAAGUUAGGCCAUCUCCCUGCACCAAACUUGAAACGUCUUCAGGUCUUCAGUGAUGUGUUUGAAGACAUUUGCCGAGACUCAACAAUGUUUCAUAAAAUUUUAAGUGAAAUCAAAGUCGAAUACGAUACAUACCUCAUGUCACUCCUGGAGUCUCAGCCAACGAAUCAACACAAGACUUUACAGGCUCAGUUUCAAAUGAUGAAGAACAGGCCAGUGAAAACUCAUCACGUAGAAGAAGCAUACCAGAGAGUAUUAAAUCUGGAGAAAGAAGCAAAACUUGCUCUGCAGAGAAAUGAUGAGCUAAGGAAUGAACUUGAGAGGGAACUUCCAAAACCGAGGCAGCAAGAUGUACAGCCUAUUAUGAAACCCAUUAAAACCAAAGGUCACCAGCUGUCCGACACAGAAAAAAUUGUGUUACUGAGGAACAGAAUUGAUCAAACAAAUGCCCAGAUUCAAGAGUUGGAGAGUGAGCUGAAGAAUUCCAUGGUGCCCUCUGCAGUCACUAAUGCUAUGCAGAGCUCUCUCAGAGACUCUCAGGGUGAAGUUGCAAAGCUGCAGCAAUCCAAUGCAUUUCUUCACAGGAAAAUAGCAGCUUUUGAAAAUUAUAUUGAAAAUAUCCUUAAUGAACACAAAGUGAGCAAAAGUGUCAGAGAGAGCUUUUGGCAGAUGGUUAAUGACCUUUUGGAUCCUGCUGAGAAUAACAUUGCUGCUGUCUCUGGGUAAUGGGGCAAUAUGUCCCCACCAUUUUACCGGACUUCUUACACAGCCCUAUUUACCCCAAUAUCUGGGCACUGAAAAUGUUAGCACUAACAAAGUAGUUUGGUAGAGUUUGAGCUUUGCAAUAGUUUGACAAGGAUAAUAAUUUUCAUAUGUUUGUGUUAUUCAAUGAAUUUCAACAUUAGAUCCACCUCUGUACAGUAUAAUUCUGAAAGUUCUUUCCCAAUUAUAGCAACAACAUCUUGUUUUUAUAUAACACUUUUUACACAGUAAGAUGUCUUAAAUUUUGAAUGGGAGUGUUUUUGAAUAAGGUUUGUUACAAGCUAAGUAUGAAGAUAUUAGAGCAAAUGAUCAAAAGUUUGGCAGAGUUUUGUUUUAAGAGCUUUUUAAAGGUGGAGGGGUGGCAAGGAGAUGACUUGGCUCAGUGAGUGAGUUCCAAAGCUUGGACAACUAAAGGAAUGCUUGUUGAUGAUGGGGUAAUA